AGCCGCGCGCAGCCGGGCUGCUUGUUGGAUACACCCACAGGGAUAGGAGAGUGGGCACUCCGGCGUGUAACAGUGCGUUUCACUACAACACUAUCGCUCUCUCUUUCUCUCGCUCGCUCACACAUACACACGCGCGCGCAUAGAGAGAGAGAGAGAGAGAGAGAGAGGGGGAGAGAAAGAGAGAGAGAGCGAAAGGAGCUCUUUUUUGUCCUCUCCCACGACGAGGUUGCGUGUCGCCGCGCGUGGACGCCAUGAACAAGCUGUAUAUCGGCAACUUGAGCGAGGACGCGAGCCCCGUGGAGUUGCAAAGUCUUUUCGAGGAGUGGAAGAUCCCCUUCAGUGGGCAGUUUCUCGUGAAGAGCGGCUACGCGUUCGUGGACUGCCCCGAUGAGAAGGUGGCCAUGAAGGCCAUCGACACCCUCUCAGGUAAAGUAGAACUCCAUGGAAAAGUUCUGGAAGUGGAACACUCCGUACCCAAAAGACAAAGGAGUUGCAAGCUGCAGAUCCGGAACAUCCCGCCACACAUGCAGUGGGAGGUGCUCGAUGGCUUGUUGGCUCAGUAUGGUAGUGUAGAGAGCUGUGAACAAGUGAACACCGAGACAGAGACCGCCGUUGUAAAUCUCCGAUACGCAGCCAAGGAGCAGGCUCGACAAGCAAUGGAGAAGCUAAAUGGCUUUCUGAUGGAGAACCACACCCUGAAGGUGACCUACAUCCCAGAUGAGACAGCUGCUCCAGAUGUGCCCCAGCUGUCCGGACGCCAAGGCUUCGUGCCUCGUGGACCCCCACGCCUGGGCUCCCCAGGCGUGAGCGCACGGCCCAGGCUGCAGUCGGACAUCCCGCUACGCAUGCUUGUUCCCACCCAGUUUGUGGGGGCAAUCAUCGGCAAGGAGGGCGCCACCAUCCGCAGUAUCACCAAGCAGACGCAGUCAAAAAUUGACAUCCAUCGGAAGGAGAAUGCAGGCGCGGCAGAGAAGCCCAUCACAAUCCACUCCACACCUGAGGGCUGUUCUGCUGCUUGCAAAACAAUCAUGGAGAUCAUGCAGAAGGAGGCGGCAGACACUAAAUUCACGGAAGAGAUUCCUCUCAAGAUCCUGGCGCACAACAACUUUGUGGGCCGUCUUAUAGGAAAGGAAGGCCGGAAUCUGAAGAAGAUUGAACAGGACACGGAGACCAAGAUCACAAUUUCUCCCCUCCAAGACCUGACUCUGUACAACCCAGAGAGGACCGUUACUGUGAAGGGCUCCAUCGAGGCCUGUGCCAAAGCAGAGGAGGAGAUCAUGAAGAAAAUCCGGGAGUCGUAUGAGAAUGAUGUGGCUGCUAUGAACCUUCAGUCAAACCUUAUCCCUGGUCUGAACCUCAGUGCUCUUGGGCUCUUCCCUUCUUCUUCCCCUGGCAUGAACACCUCCGUGAUGUCAGGGCCUGGCCUGGCAGCACAGUCUGGAUACCCCCCUCUUGGGCAGCAGCCAGAGUCAGAAACAGUCUACCUCUUCAUUCCGGCACUGGCGGUAGGAGCCAUCAUUGGCAAACAGGGCCAACACAUCAAGCAGCUGUCACGCUUUGCAGGAGCUUCGAUCAAGAUUGCUCCAGCUGAUGGCCCAGAUGCUAAACAGAGAAUGGUGAUCAUCCAAGGCCCUCCAGAAGCACAGUUCAAGGCUCAAGGAAGAAUAUUUGGGAAGUUGAAAGAGGAAAACUUCUUUGGACCCAAAGAGGAGGUGAAACUGGAAGCACAUAUAAAAGUCCCGGCAUACGCUGCAGGCAGGGUGAUCGGCAAAGGUGGGAAAACAGUGAAUGAACUGCAGAAUCUGACAAGUGCAGAAGUGGUUGUUCCCAGAGACCAAACACCUGAUGAGAACGAUCAAGUCAUUGUCAAAAUCACUGGUCACUUCUAUGCAAGUCAGCUUGCACAGCGAAAAAUUCAGGAAAUUUUGUCCCAGGUUAAAAGACAGCAGCAACAGAAGGUGGUGCCUGGGGGUCAGUCCCUGCAGAGGAGGAAAUAGGUGGCUGUCCUAGGAGCCCCGCCCCCACCCUGUGGAGGUGGAGUGGAGACCAAAGAGCAACAAGGGAUAUUUGCGGGUGGAUAUUACACAGGAGACCCCUGCUGCCCACCUUGAUGCCGAAGAGAUCCAACCAGCCAUCUCUGCCCACAGCCCUGGACGACAACACUGAAACCAGACUUUAGUUUUCUUCCCCCCCUCUAAAUACAUAAAUUAAGAAUGGCUCCCUUCACUUCCUGGUUGCUGUCAUAGGCCUGUGUUCACACUUAUGUCGAAGGGGGCUUUUGUUUUUUUCUUCCUACUCUCUCGAACAGUGUUUUGAUGUGUAAAUGAAGCUUUCCGAUUUUUCUCUGGAUUUGGAUUUGAAAAGGCAUUGCUCUCCUAGCUCCUUUUUUGGUUGGGGUGGGGAGAUGAGAGGGUUCAGUUUUUGGAGGGGGUGGGUGGGUUUAAUAGGGAGUGGGAGGGUUGGGGACUCAAAGGAUAUCUUGUCCCGGUAUUGAUAGUGGCAUUUUAUAAUUCGGAUGCAUUUUUAUAUAUGUAUAAUGAGGAAAAAACACUGCCAGAGUAAUUUACAGGAAGUGUUGAAUGGUGUUGGCCAGGAAAUUUAAUAUGCAUUUUACUAAACUACCUCAGGCUUAAGUACCUCAGAAGAAAAAUGAUAUAUGAGAAAUGUUCUUUUCUUUUAUUUUGCUUUGUGGUAUUUUGUAUACUUUAUAAAGCUAAUAGUUAACAUUUUAUU